CAAGAAACACGAUCAAGCUUAACUCAAAGUCAUCUCACUGUUCGGUGUCCGGUUCGGUUCCUUGGCAUUCAGCUGGCCAAUUCGCUCGGUGUUAAAAGUCGAUACUGGUGAAUUAUUAGCAAAUAGCAAUCAAUCGAGGCAAGAGACAUGUAGCAGGAAUUUUCACUGGCCGGAAAAAGCAUUUUGGUUGUACGUUUUGCUAUCGCCAAACCAUGUCAUUCAAAGUGGAACCUGGAAUCCGUGCCCAGCCAACUGGCACCCUGAUAAUAGUUACCAAUCAACGCACGUGUUGAUAAACAUUAAACAACAUGCAGGAUGGAUCUUCUUGAAUGUGAAAGGUAAAACCAACCAACCAAUUGCCUGCGGAAUCAUGGGACGAAGUUCCAAAGACAAACGUGAUGUCUACUACCGCCUGGCCAAAGAAGAAGGUUGGCGAGCCCGGAGUGCCUUCAAGUUACUACAAAUCGACGAUGAAUUCCACCUGUUCGGCGACCAUGUCAGCAAGGUCGUGGAUCUGUGCGCGGCCCCGGGUUCUUGGUCGCAAGUCUUGGCCAAAAAGAUCUAUUUCGCCCGACCCGAAACCGAGCGGCAUCAGGCCAAGAUCGUGGCCGUGGAUCUCCAAGCCAUGGCCCCCUUACCUGGGAUCAUUCAAAUGCAAGGCGAUAUCACCCAAUUGAGCACUGCCCAGAAGAUCGUGGCCCAUUUUGAAGGCGAUCAAGCGGAUCUGGUGGUUUGCGAUGGAGCGCCGGAUGUGACCGGACUUCACGAUAUCGACGAAUAUAUCCAAGCUCAGUUGUUGUUGGCCGCACUCAAUAUCACGACCCACGUGUUGAAAACCGGUGGUACGUUCGUGGCCAAGAUCUUCCGCGGUCGUGAUGUGACUUUAUUAACCGACCAAUUGCGUUUGUUCUUUCCCGAAGUGACGAUAGCCAAACCCAAGGCCUCGAGAAACUCUAGCAUCGAGGCCUUUGUCGUCUGUCGAAACUAUGAACCCCCGCCGGGUUAUGUCCCGACCAUGAUCAACCCGUUGUUAGACCACACGUAUACGGAUUUCAAUCAAUUGACCGGGCCCAAUCGUUUUAUCGUGCCUUUCAUCGCUUGUGGCGAUCUCUCGGCCUACGAUUCGGAUGCUAGUUAUGCUUUGGAUGAAGACUAUCAAUAUCAUCCCCCCACGGAAGCCCCCAUUAAUCCGCCCUAUCAGACGGCUUUGGCACGGUCAGGCCGAAGUGAAUCGGAGCACGUGGCCAAGAUCGCGGCAGACCUGGAACAAACUCAACUAACGGAAUCGUGAAUAUGGUUUACCUUGAUUCCUUCCAAGACCUACCAAGAGACACUUGGGGAUGAGAAUUCUGUUCUAGACCUGUGGUGGAGAACCCUAUUGAAAACUGAUUCUGUCACUCGUUUCGUCCAUUUCUUUGUGCAGAUUGAGAUGAUGGCUUCCAUCAAAAGAGUUGUCCGAUUUAUUAAUAUGAAAAAUGUUUAUUUCA